GGCGAAGGGAGUCCGCGUCACGUCUUCUGCAGCUACAGCAGUUCUUGGUGGUACGUCAAACAACGCUGGUGGGGGAAGAGCUGCAAACCAUCUUCAUCACGGUCACAACGGAGGUAAUGCUUCAGGUGGUGUUGUUGUACCAUCCACUGCCGCUUCAACUGUGGUCGGCGGGAAUACUGCGCCUAGUACUGCUGGAGGAACAAGCCGGAGCAGUAUUGUCGCUCCCUCUGGAGGCAAUACCAAUACUGCAACUGCUAAUAGCACCACAAUGCAAGGGGUCUCAUCAACUACAUCUUCAUCAUCGCACAAAACCACGG